AUGGGUGGGGGUGAGGAGGCAGCAGCUGCCCGCGUGGGGACUCCAGUUCCUCGGGGCUUCACCUCCGCCACGUGCGCCCUGGCCCCGGAGAAGUGUAGUUGGCGCCGGGUGCCAGGCACAUGUCUCUGCCUGACACGCAGCGAGGGAGAGGCGGAGGAGCGGCUGGAAGGGCCGGUCAGGCGGCAGCUCCGUCACGCCAUUACAAACUCACUGUUCCGCUCUUCCUCGUGCAACCUCUCCUUUGCCAAUUUUUGCCUUGGACUUUAUUUGCUGCUUAUUGCCUCUGUUGAUGCCCAAACCAGGAGUCAGUACUACAACCAUGCAAUAGCCUGGCAACCAGGCAGUGGUUGCAGUAUUGCUGGCUUUUUAGUGUUUGCAAGUGAACUUUCAGUUUAUACAUUAACUGUGAUCACUCUAGAAAGGUGGCACACCAUCACCUAUGCAAUGCAAUUGGAUAGAAAACUGAGACAAAGGUAUACUAUAGUGAUGGUGCUUGCAGGCUGGAUAUUUUCAGUUAUAAUAGUAGCUUUGCCUCUUUUAGGAGUCAGCAGUUACAUGAAGAUCAGUAUUUGUUUACUCAUGGAUAUUGAAAUGUCUCUUUCCCAAGCCUACAUAUUGAUUGUCUUAGUGUUAAAUGUUGUUGUUAUAAUAAUUUGUGCUUGUUAUAUUAAAAUUCAUAUAGCAGUUCAAAAUCCAGAACUGGUGGCUACAAACAAAGAUACCAAGAUUGCAAAGAGAAUGUUCAGACCUUGA